GACCACGUGGGCAAACACGUGCACAUACAUGUAAGCAGCAUGUUGACGUUUUCCUUCGGAUUUCUGGUAUACAUAGCGUCGCUGUAAUAUGAAAAAACAAAAGAUAGUGUAUAAGCAGGAGUUGUUACUAAGCGAAAAUACCGAACUGGAACUGAAACGCUGAAAGUCUUCUUCAAGUUGCGAGUGGGACCAAACUGCCAUGUGACAGUAUUUGCAAAUGCCUAGCUGUUCUGGCUGAAAUGUUUGUGGAAUGUGACUCGAGAAAUCCAAUGAGGAAAGUUAUUUCAAGUAUCUUUGAACGUUUACCACGAGAUUGGACCUCUGAAGUGCUAAGUUGCAUAGUAUUAAAUAAAAUCAGUCAAGCAAGGGACAUCUUAAUUCUGGGUGGAGAUGUAUGGAUCAGGUGCAGUGUUGAUAUGAUAUCUGAUUUGUUGGACUGUUUUACACUUGGUACUGAUGUGCUUCUUUUCAAUGGACAUUUUGUGUUAGAAUUUCUUGGGUUAUGUUUGAACAAGCAGCGGAAAGUUGCAAGUGUUGAAUCAUCUCCUGCACUUCAAACAUCUUCUAUGUUGGACUGUUUGACGACAAUCCAAGCCAUAAUCUCUUUUCUUCAGAAAUCCAGUACUGAACAAAGACUGUGCAACCUGUUUGACCAAAUGGAGUUGUGUUGCAUUCAAAUGCAAAGUAGUGAUGAUAAAAAUGGCUGUGGUAUUGCUUGCCAAGCUGUUCAUAAAACUGUAAAAUCAUGGAAGGAAUUGAUUAAGGAGAUAUUUGUGGAUCUUUGUGGUGUGCUGUUUGAUGAUCACUUUAUCUCAGAUUGUCGAACUACAGCUGGAAUGGGUAUUCUUGUUGUCAUCAAAGUUAUGUGCCCAGCUGAAAAUGUUGUGUCAACAGUUGGACAGCUGCUUUUCCCCUCACACACUGAAUAUGGAAACAAAGCUUUCUCCAUCUUAAAUGACCCACAGAUAUUUUCUAUUUUUCAAAAUGAUAAAGGAAGUGCCAGUUUUUCCCGUUUAUGUCUUUGCCGUGGAGUCUUGGCCAUGAUUCCUGUACAGUUUUUAGUUCAAUCCUCUGAGAUCAUUUUGGACAGGGAAAAAAAGAUUGGAAGUCUCAUGUUUGAUGCAUUGUUUCCUGACUUAUGUUAUCUCUGUGACAGCCUAAGGGAACCCAGCAGAUCUCUUCUAGCCUUCCAAACCCUCACUCUGUGGACAAGUCAGGCCAGGGAAAUAGCUAUCAGCUAUAGCUGCGAAAAGUCAUGGAUAAAGGACAAAUUGUAUGGCACAUCACCUAUUCCAACCAAACUUCUGAACUAUGUCUGGACCCACUGGGACCAUCCAGUUGAGGGAGUACGCUAUCAAACUAGAACAAUUUGUGAACAAGUCGUAAAGCUGCACUUACUUGUUUCACAGUUUGACCCCAGUAAAGAAACUUUUCUAAGGGAUCUUACAGCAUCUCUUCUCAAAGUAAGCUAUCAUGUGAAGGGGAAGUAUGGUCCACUAUGCUGUAUCACAUCUGUUGUAGGAGCCACAAAGAUGCUGCUCUGGUUUCCCAAACUACCUCAUGAUAUUUUUCCUCUGAUGAAAGACAGAUGCCUUGUGUCUCAUGUAAUGGAAUUUAUAGAGAAAAUGGCAAGUUCUCAUAAACAAGAAAUCUCAGUUGCUGAGAAAGAUAUUAAAGGAUGGAUGGAGACCUGGAUAGUUCCACUGCUUUAUCAUCUUCGUCAUGGGUGCAGACUGAUUAGAGAACACUUGGCUCAGCAUUGUCUUCCAAAGUUUUUCAAGUGCUGCCCUGAAAGCCUGCAGUUUAUUGUUGAAGAUCUGCAAGACAGUUAUGAGCAAAAACCAAGCGACCUUGCAAUCCUUAUUACCUGUCUAAAGACAGCCCGGUGCUCAGGAGUUAUGACUUUUUAUAAAAAGAGUUAUGGAAUGGUUGCCCCAAAAGCGACAUCUUACUGGUGUGGUGUAGUACCUGUCGAGCUUAUGAGGAAAGCCCUGUCCCAUUUGGAUGAUCAGAUUCGUCUUGAUGCUCUGGGACUACUCUGUGAUUCUUCACGAACAACCGAAUCAGUAACAGAGAUUGACCUCCAGCUUCUUCAAUUAUUUGUAGCUCCAAAUAUGAAUAACCAAACUCCUUCCUUUCGGCAGCAGGCAGGAGCACAUGUAAAAAAGUUCCUAAUGCGAGUGAAAGAGGGGAUCAGGAUAUCUAGCAAGACUAUCAAACAAAAGGGAAAGGUUAACGAGAAGCAGUUUUACCAACGGCAACUUGCUUUAUACAAGGAAUUUCUUCUUUGGUUUUGUGCUUGCCAGUUUGAUGCAUUGUUCCCUGGUGCAUCAUUUGCUCGUCGUAGUUCAGCUUUGAAUGGUCUAACACUGAUCAAGGAAAUAUUCAGCCACGAGAAAAGUAGUGAUUCUGCUACCUUGGGUUUUCAGAUCAAUGAUGUGAUGACGCAAGAUAAUAUCUACAUUCUUCUGGAUAGUUUGAGUGACUCCUAUGAAAUAAACAAGUUGUUGGCUUAUAACAUACUUCUGGCAACACCUUCUGAGCUACUUCCAUUUCAGGAAGAGAAAGCUCUCCUUGGGUGGCUAAAUAUGAUUGACAGAUUGGUUUCCAGUCCUCGAGCAACAGAUGCCUCUACUGCAGCUAUGUUACUAAAAUUACUUGUGGAGAAAUGCAGCUUACCACUGACAUUCAAAAAGAAUGAGAAGAAGCGAGAUGAUGAACACCUAUCCACCAUCAUGAAAUCAAAAUCUUUUCAAUGUAGGCAGGCCUUCAGAGUGUUAACCCAUUUGGUUAGUUUGCUGGGGUCUCAUUGCUUGGCUGCCUCAAAGAACUUAUAUGUGACUGGUGUUCAAGCCCCCAUGCACAAUGUUCUGUAUUGCAUAAGAGCAAUCCUUGGCUACAUGUCAUUCAGGUACAUUUCAGGUGAUGAACAAUGGCAGAAUCUCAUCUCGUCUCUCUUAAAUGAGUGUCUUCUUGCAGCAGACAUUGCGGACCCAGUAGUGACCAGCUCAUCACCUGAAGGAUUUCUGAUGGAUGACGAUGAAGGAGUGAAUGAAGACUUCAGUAGGGUCCCACAAUAUUCUGUUUUAGAAGAAGGUCAAAUGAUGGCCCCUGCCUCUCAGAUCCUUUUAGUGUGUUGCUGGAGGACUAUGAAGGAAGUAGCUUUGUUGUUAGGGGAACUUGCUGAGAAUGCACCAAUACAACUUUGCAACAGCAAGCAUGGUUUGUUGACUCCUAAACAGGUGAUGAAAUUGUUACACACAGAAUAUUAUAUGCGCUGCCAAACUGCAAGUGAGUAAAAUAGAACUACUGUAGCAGUAUUAAAAUGCAAAUGCCACUUGCAGCGAGUAGUUCAACUAUGUGGCUUGAUAAAGUUGUUUAAUUUACAAUUGUACAAUUAUGCAUUUUUGUUAGGAGUAAUGCCAUACAUAACAUCUUCCUUCUUUGAACAGUAACAAUCAGUGACACUAUAUUAUUAAGCCAAAAAAUGUCUGACAUUCAUUAUGAUUGGUGAGCAUUUUCAUUUUCAGUGUGAUCUGCUAGACUUCCAAGGUUGUCUAGCUAUGUAAAACAGCAAUCUAACUUUAGAUGCUCGGUUUUAACCUUCUUCAAGCUUCUGCUUAUCACUUAAAAAAAUUGAUUCCGUGCCAUAGCAACAGUUACAGUAACAGGUUACAAGGUGCCCAGGAAUUUAGCAGCAGACACCCAAACAAGAAUUUAGUGAAUUGUAUCCAGUUUAUUUAAUCUGUAUAAGAAUCUGAGGAACAAGAACUAUGGUCAAAUGAUAAUUACAAAUUAAACAAUCAGUCUAUUUCUUUAUUAAACACAGAGCAUUCCUAUAUAAUGAGGCCGAGGUGUUCAGCCUGCCAAUCACAAAUCCCAACGAAGGACGAAUGCUCCCAUUUGUUUGGCUUACUUGCUCAUUACUUGCUAAUUUUAGCAUGUUGCCACAAGGUUCUGGAGAGCGAGGGGUGUAAUUUUCUGUUUUACUUUACAAGUAAGCAGUGCCCUUUGAACUAAAUGAACGAUAGCUUCAGGAGAAAAGUUUACAAAGAAAAUUGACUUUUUUAAUUUCAACUUCAUAAUCAUGUUCCUCCACUUGUGAAAGCCUAUCAUAUGAAUACGAGCUGUUCACUCAAAUUUAUAAAAUGCCAUGUCUAGUUCUUUUGAUGCCACAUUUUCUUUGCUCCUUUGAGGAUUAAUGCGGUUGAGAAAUAGGUUUGGAAACUAAAACUCGUAAAAAAAAAACAGAUACAAGCAGACUGUGAAGGUAACAGAUUAUAUUUACAGUAAUAUGGUUAUCCCUCAGCCAUUUAUCUUAAAGAGAUUCCUCAAGGUGAACAUUGGCUGCUAAAAUUCAGGUGGUCUUUUACGAACACAAUUUUUGUUUCUGUUGCACUCAGCCCUGAGUCUUCCUUCUCCUUUCUAACGUCAAUAU